CAUUUCUGUGAAUAUUAUGUCGAAAUUUCUCAGUUCUAUCGAUCAGUACAUAACUGACGGAUCCAAGAGUUUAAAAGGACCUCAAAUGGCGGCCAUGGCUUCCGCUGUUAUUCGUAUUAUCACUACAGGAGGAAGCAUUAUUAUUGGCCUAAUCCAGGGAAAUGGAGGCAGCAAGUGCACAUAUCAGGAUGUUGUGAAUUUCAACGUGGAGUGCAUUGCUAGUAUCUGGUAUUCGCGUGCUAGUCAGCAUGGCUGGAACACUUUCUUUAACAUUUUGGAUUGUGUUGCCAUGAUCCUUAUGAUUUGGGUUUUCGAUGGAUUGCGCACCAUUAAUAAGGACAAAGAUGUCGGUACUGUGAUGGUUCAGUCUAUGCAACUUGCUACUACGAUCGGUGUUGUCUCCUCUCUUCUUGAGUCUGGAAUUGCUAGCGCUACGAGUUGGAUUGCCGGAGCUUGGGGUGGUCUGCAGGAUAAGAGAUGGUUUGCUGAUUUGGAGAUUGCCUACGUGUUCAGUCGUAACUCUUUUAGCUGGUUGUAUACGAUCGAUGAUCUGAUUAUGGUGGUUCCUUAUUUCUGGUCCUAUAUUCUCUGCCACAAUAACGACCGUAUUCCCGAGGGAUUUGCUAGAAAGGGACUUGUGUUGGCCAUUAUCUCUUUCUUCUUCUUCUUCUCUGGUGUGGUGCAACUGCGCGGAGCAUGGGGCAUCGUCAUGCUUAUUGUUGCUAUAAUCUAUAUCAUCUAUCGUUUCAUCUGGUUAUUCUAUGCUUUCUCUAUUUUCAAAAGAAUGGAAUAAAUUGAAACAAUAGUGG